CCUUAGUGUACCACUGCAACCAACAACCUCCCUACCUGACCCUCAUCUCUGCAAGUCGUCGGGUUCAGAUGACGGCUAUUGAGGCUUCUAAGCCGGAAGUAUGGGCAGACGACUUCAUCGGCUUUGACUUCGGGGAUGAAGAAGGAAUCGGCAGCGGGAUAGAGGCAGAGGCAGGCCCGUCUUCCCGUCCUACCUCGCCUGGAUCUGCUCGAGGUGGCCGCCACCAGGCGAGGGGACGAGACGGCGUACCUACUGGUCCCAAGUCCUCACGACGAAGCGGAGAGGCAGCAAACGCAUCGUCAAGCAAGGGCAAGAAGAGGAAGAUCGAUGGUGAUGGCGAGCCAGGCGAUGGGGACAUCAGAUCCAAGAAGGACCAGCAGAGGGCGGCCGCAAGAGGUACGCCUUGGAGUGUCGAUGUUGAUUGGAAAACCGCCAGAAAUGCGGCACAGCAGCUCCAUCGCGAGAUGAUGGCAUUCGAACGCUGGAUCGCGCCAACCAAAGAGGAGCACCAGUCCCGAAAGAUGGUCAUCAGACUUAUUCGCAAUGCCAUCAAUUCUCAAUGGAAAGACGCCGAGGUCCAUUCCUUUGGAAGUCAAGACACUGAACUGUACCUGCCCCAAGGUGACAUCGACCUCGUCGUCGUAUCGAGGGCAAUGGAUCUUCAGCGCCGCGAGAACGUCCUGAGAGCCAUGGCCGCUUGCCUACGUAGGAACAACCUGGCCACGGAUGUUCAAGUCAUUGCCAAAGCAAAGGUACCCAUCAUAAAAUUUGUAUGCACCCACGGGAGGUACCGAUGUGACAUCAGUGUCAACCAGACCAAUGGACUCAAAGCUGCAGAUUGGGUCAAUGAGCAACAAGACAAAGUUCCAGCCAUCCGACCUCUGAUCAUGCUGACCAAGCAUCUGCUCCAGCAGAGGGGCAUGAGCGAGGUCUACACAGGCGGACUGGGCAGCUUCAGCGUCAUCUUGCUCGUCGUCAACUUCAUGCAGAUGCACCCGCGAGUGCAGCGUGGGGAGAUUGAUCCAGCUCGUAACCUUGGGGUACUCUUUCUUGAUUUUCUCGAGCUAUAUGGCAAAAAUUUUGGCUACGAUGAUACCGGCAUCUCUGUCACCGGCCGUGGCUCAUACUUCCAUAAAUCUCAUCGAGGCUGGAAAGACGGUCAAAAGCCUUUCAAGGUGUCCAUCGAAGACCCUCAAAAUCCGGAGAAUGAUAUCGCCACUGGCUCCUACAAUAUCAUCAGCGUGCGGACGUCCCUUGCGGGAGCUUUCGACAUUCUUACCACUGCCGUAUGUGAGAGGGGAUUUGAGAUGUCGCGGGGCAGACGUGGCGACGGCACAGCCGGGCGCUCAGGACCGGGCAGCAACGAUACUAGACACCACCGAUUCGAGCAAGACCCUGACGAAGCGGCUCGGGAAGCUCUUUUGAACGGCAAUGGGGCAAGGAACGGAGCUGGAGGUCUGGAGAAGGACCCGCAGUCUCUCUUGGGGAGCAUCAUCGGUGUCAGUAGGGAGCUGAUGAAGAACCGCAAGGAUAUCGAAGCCCUUUACCACAGUGGCAUCCUGCAGAAACUGCUGGGCAAGUCGCCGCCUCGUAGGUCGCCAAGCCCGGGGCCCUCGCAUGCCUGGAAAGAGAGCCGACGUCCGCCCGAGCCUCGCGAGGCUGCACCUCGUCAGCCGUCGCCUCCAUCGCCUCCUUCAGGCCCUCGAGCGAUGAGCGGUCGGAAUGGAAGAGAUGAUAUAGGAGACGCAGGAAAUAGCAGCGUAGACUCGAUCAUUCAUAUCAAAGGAGCCUCCUCGCAAAUGCGCCCCGGCGCAGCAGCACAAGGCUCCCACCAUCUACCACCUCAGCAUAGCACACCUCUGAGGACGACCACAAGCAGGCCCAGUGAUCGCCAACAUCUGGCAUCGACUGCUGGCCCUGGUCGCGGGUCGGUGGGCCCGCACUCGCUCGCCUCGGACUCAGGCGAUGACGAGCCCGAUUCUCGCUACGCAGCCCAAGCGAGCAGCAGACGAGGCGAGCAAGUCAAGAAGAGGCGGAGAGAUUUCCUGGACGUACCGAAAGCGUAUAUCAGUGAAGAGUCAGAAGACGAAGGGGGGAGUGAAGACGCCUCAUCAUCUGCCGAGGAAGGCGAAGUGUCGGGAUCCCAAUCUGCUGCUCAGAGCGCAGGCAAGAGGAAGCAGUCGAUCAAAGGCGCCAGCCAGCAGCGCUUCUGGCUUGACAAGGGCGCUGCGAGAAUGGAUGACGACGAUGAUGACGAGACAGACUAUUGAGGUGUCCAGGCGGGUACGAUGUCUUCCGUCUGCGAGUCUGCAAUCCACCUGUCUUAUGUCCUAU